UCAAUAAUGCUCGUGUUGUUUUUGGUGCAACUGUUGCUAUUGGAAAAGAUAAUUUUAAAUCUAUUAUAGGCGAUCACCUCACUUUUGUUGAUAAGUCGAUGCUUAUAAAAGAGUUUAUUGAGAGUUCAGAUUUUGUAUCACUUGUUCUUCGUCCUCGCCGAUUUGGCGA